UACAACUUGGCGGUGUUCUUCAAGAUUGCAAACGGUCUUUAGUUCAAUUUACGAAAAAUUGCAAUUUUUUUUUUUUAGCUGAUCUCGUUUUGGAAACAAAAUCCGUAGUAUUUAAUUGACGUGCCCGUUCGCGCCGCCGUACAAUGAAUGUCAAUGGACUGCGUUGUUUGUCUGUGUUGCUAGUUGGUUGCUUGAAUGUCGUUUCGGGACACGAUUGUCUUAAAUUUCAACCUAUGCUGAAUUUCGAUAUGAAAAACUUUUUAGGGACAUGGUACGCCAUUCGAAUGACGUCGCCACCAAGUCGAUGUUUAGUGUAUGAUAUCACAGGAUUGACAAACCGCAGUGACGUCCAUGACACAUCCGAUAACAUCCAUUUGUUUGGAGAAUUGAAAGCCGAUCCGAGUUUACCAUCAAAAAUGUUUGUUUCCAUUCCUUCGGAUGACGAUGAGAAUUCGUUUUUUGUUGUGUUCACCACUGAUUAUUUGUCCUAUGCGGGUGUUUACACUUGCCAAAAAAAUGCUGACCACUACAAACAUUCUGUAAUCAUUUUGUCCAGAUCAGUGGACAUAGCCGAAACGCACAUAGAACUUGUUGACCAAAUUAUACGUUCAGCUAAUGAGAAUCCGAAUGUUCUGUCAAAAGUUGACCAUUUGAACUGUAAUCAUCUUCAAACGAAUUUGAGUGGGAAUAGUAAUGAUCAGAAUGUCAUUGACAAGAAACUUUACAUUUCUGUAAAAUUUAAAAAAGACAAAGAGAUCAAUCCUGACACCAUAUCGUCAACGUCGAAUAUCAAUCAAUUCCGCAAUUAUCCUGAAAGGCCAAAACUCAGAUGGACAAGGCCAGACGAAGAUAUCUAUCAGGAUGGACCACACCUCAUAUGGUCACCAAAAAGAGACGAAGAUAUCAAUCCAGUACACCGUCCUAGCCUACCUAACCCCAUAUGGUCAAAUCCGAACGAAGCGAUCAAUCCAGUACAUCAUUCUACUCUACCAAACCCCAUAAGUGCAAGACCGGUUGCAACGGGAGAACCAGUCAAACAAAGUCAGCAAGCAUUUAAUGUAGAUUCACAAGUACAGAGUCCGCGACAAAAAAGAAACAUAUGUGUGAAAUGCGGCAAAGCUAUUGGAAACGGUUUGAAGAGUUUGGGAAAAUGUUUAAAAGAGUGCUUUUGUGUCACGUUUUGUUGUUGUUUACAGUAUCAUCCAAACCAAGAAGAGUGGGAAAAGUGAAGUUAAAGUAUUCAGUUUCAUUUAAGUACAGUAUGCGACUACCCAUAAAUGUUCUAAGCAUUUAAUAACCAAAAUUAAGUAUUUC